AUAGAGGCUGUCACAGUGGAAGAGGAAGAGGGGAUACAGGCUGUCACAGUGGAAGAGGAGGAGGAGAUAGAGGCUGUCACAGUGGAAGAGGAGGAGGUAGAAGCUUCGAUAAUGAAAAAGGAGAAAGAGGCUAUCACAUUGAAAGAAGAAGAGGAUAUUGUAAUGAAAUUAGAGGAAGAACCUUUUAGAGUGAAGGAGGAAGAGGAGGCUAUCUCAGUAAAAGAGGAGGAAGACAUUCUGGGAGUGAAAGAGGAGGAGGAAGGAGAGGAAGAGGAGACUGAAGAUCGGUAUAGCACCGAGGAGAGGCGAAACGGAUCAGAGGACCAAUACGCGGCGUGAUGGCGAUGGGAGUCUUUCAGCUGAUGCUCGUUGCGUGACGUAUAAUCUAGUGGACGGGACACUUCUUCAACAAGGACGACAGGGCUACUGAUUAAACCACAUCGGUUGUUCGCUAGCAAACAUAAAACCGGUCAUAUUUAGACCAUUUGUGUGUAUAUUAACCUCAGUGUUUUAAACACACUGUUUACUAGUUACUUUAAUAUUUACGUUGUCAGCUAGCUAGCUGUUUUAGUUAGCACUAGGAUAGUCUAACGUUCCCGACCAUGAGUUCACUAUCCUACUCUCCACCUGCUAAAGAAGAGGAGGACUGCUGGACGGAGAAAGAUGGUCCAGUGAAAGAGGAGAAGGAAGAUGAGGCUAUCACGGUUAAAAAGGAAGUAGAGGGUGAGGCUGUUACAGUGAAAGAGGAAGACGUUUCAGUGAAAGAGGUGGAUGUUACUGUUGAAGAAGAGGAAGACGCGUUCAGGGUGAAAGAGGAGGAGGAUGCAGUUGAAAAGGGGAAAGAGGAGGAGAUUACUGUCACAGUUAUGGAGGAGGAAGAAGAGAAGAAUGGAAAUCUGAUUAACACCAGAGAGAGACAAGACUCUCACUCUGACAGCGAAAAGUGUCUUUCAGAAGAACCAGAGACGUCCAAACCAGCAAGACGACGCCACUCUUCCCAGUGUGGAAAGAGUUUGACCAAGUUAGGGAGCCUUAAAAACCAUGACAGGACACACACAGGAGAGAAGCCCUACCAAUGUUCCCAGUGUGGAAAGAGUUUUACAAGGUUUUGGAACCUAAAAGAACAUGUGAGGACACACACAGGGGAAAAACCUCAUCACUGCUCCCAGUGUGGAAAGAGUUUUAUCCGGUCAAGCCACCUGAAAGAACACAAGAGAACGCACACAGGGGAGAAGUCUUAUUACUGCUCCCAAUGUGGAAAAGGUUUUAUCCAGUUAAUGAAACUGAAAAUGCAUGAAAUGACACAUACAGGGGAGAAGCCCUACCACUGCUCCCAGUGUAAAAAUAGAUAUGUUUCAUCAGGAGCCCUGAAGUCACAUAAGAGAACACACACAGGGGAGAAGCCAUACCUCUGUUCCCAGUGUGGCAAGAGUUUUAGCUGGCCAGGGCAACUGAAAGAGCAGGAGAGGACACACACAGGAGUGAAGCCUUACUAUUGCUCCCUGUGUGGAAAGAGUUUUACCCAUUUAGGGAACUUAAAAAGACAUAAAAGAUCACACGCUGUAGAGAAGCCGUAUCAAUGCUCCCAGUGUGACAACGUGUUUUUAUCACCAUGGGACCUGAAAAACAUGAGAGAACACACUCUGUAG